CUCUGAGUCCAUUUAACAAGAAAUUGGCAGAUAAACAGGUACAUAUUAUAUGCUGGGAAUGGAACUUUCUGACAACAGAUGAGCUGUAAAGUGAAUCAACUGUGAAGCAAAAAGGAUCAAAAGCAGAAAAUAUUUAGCAAGGAACAAAAUGCAGUGGAAUGACAAGUAAUUCAGAAAGAUUACUCACAAGUGACAACUUGCUCUGAGUAAUGUGCCAUUAGUAUUAUGCACGGAGUACUAAAUAAUUAUACUUUGAUCAGAAAUGCCAGACGAGAUGUUUUGCUGAUAAACUUCUAACAGGAAACGAAACUGCUCCACACAAUGUUAAAAUGCUUGAUUAAAGUCACUGUUUCUCUAUCAGUGAUUGUUUUUGCUAUGAUAUCCUACAUAGUGUUCGUCAUAAUUAAACCUAACACAGCACCCUUUGUUAGUGAUGCACUUCGAACCACCAACAAAAACCGAACAGGUAUGUGGACUAUAAAUCCUAUGGGACGUUUGGGAAACUUAAUGGGGGAAUAUGCAACACUUUUUGCUCUUGCAAAGCUUAAUGGCCACAAUGCUUAUGUUUUACCACAAAUGCACAGUGAGCUGUCUCAAAUAUUUAAAGUUUCACUGCCUGUGAUUAGCUCUCAAAUGUAUUAUAGUGUUCUGUGGACAGAGUAUGAACUUCAUGACUGGAUGUCUCCAGAAUAUUACAAGAUUGAUGAGGAAUUUGUUCGGUUUACUGGUUACCCUUGUUCAUGGACUUUCUAUCACCACAUAAGGGAAGAGAUUAUUAAAGAGUUUACUUUCCAUGACUAUAUUAAGGAGCAGAGCAAUGCCUAUCUUGCCAACAUACGGGGAAAUCGAGCAAAUGUCACUUUUGUUGGAGUGCAUGUCCGCAGAGGAGACUAUAUUGAAAUUAUGCAUGAUCUAUGGAAAGGAGUGAUAGGCGACAGGCAUUACUUGCAGAAAGCCAUGGACUACUUCAGAGUCAAAUAUGAAAAUCCCUUGUUUGUUAUUACUAGUAAUGGAAUGGAUUGGUGCAAGGAAAAUAUUGACAAUUCAAAGGGAGAUGUCCACUUUGCUGGAGAUGGGCAAGAAGAUUCACCUGGACAAGACUUUGCUCUUCUGGUACACUGUAACCACACAAUCAUGACCAUAGGAACCUUUGGAAUCUGGGCUGGAUAUCUAGCGGGAGGUGAGACUGUCUACCUUACAAAUUUUACGUUACCAGAGUCUGAGUUCCUAAAGAUUUUCAAAUAUGAAGCAGCUUAUCUUCCUCAGUGGAUUGGGAUACCUGCUGAUCUUUCUCCACUUUUGAACUACCCUUAAAGGACCAUUAAAUACAUUAUAACUGCAUAAUAAAAUAGUACACAAUAAAAAAUACAAUGCAAUGGCACUUUCUCAGAAUUUUAAAUGAGCAAUAUAUUUUUUUCUAACAGUUUCAACGUUUCCUUUAUUUGCCACCCCUCCAUCUGGCAGCCAUCAGCCAAUAACUGACUUUGAUACAUAUACACUUGGAACUCUUGCACAUGUUUAAAAGGAGCUGGUGGCUCAGAAAGAGUGCAUAUAAAAAGAUUGUGGACAAUUAGAAAAUGGAAGUAAGUUGUAAAGUUUCUUAAAACUACAUGCUCUUUUAGAAUCAUGAAAGUUUAAUUUUGAAUUUAGUAACCCUUUAAUAAAUUACAUAAGUUAGCUGGAAUAAAAUAUUGAUUAGCCGAUAUUAAAAUACUAUUUGAAAACAAACAUGACAACCAAACUGUAUUGCCCACUUGCAGAGCAACAUCCAUUUGGUAGGCUGUAUCAUUAAAUUAUUUGCAUUUUACUGUUAAAUUGUAUGAUACAUAAAGGCACAGAAUUUAAUUAUCCUUCAUCAUUCCCUAUCUACUAUAGAAAAUGUACGAAUGGGUAGUGAUUUGGCAGUAAUUAAAUUAUUAAAAAAAUAAAUCUAAAAAAAAAUAAAAAAUUAGUUACUGCUUACUUAUAGGGUUGUCACUUUUUUUGGAAGAAAAUACCAGCCGUGCUCAUUAGCAUAACUGAUUAUACAACAAAUCACAGACUAAACCUGCUAGGACUAAUUUUAAAUUACCAUUUCUUUAUAAUUAGAUUCCAAUACACGUAGAAGAAUCUUGACUAUGAUAACAUCUUUCUUUCUAUAUUUAAUCUUUAUUUUCAACUUUGACUUAGACCUUAAAAAUACCGUCUGUGUCAGUAAAAUAUUGGCUGGGUGGCAACCAUUUUAUUUACCAAACAUAAUUAUGUAUCUGAGACACACGUAAAGGAAUGGUAUACUCACAAAUGAAUCCCUCAAAUUGUUAAAUUAAAGAAAAUGACAUUACAAUGUACACUUAUUUUUUCAUAAAAUGCCAAUAAAAGUUGUGCUUGUUCCACUCCCUCAAGGGGGGCUGGGGUUUCUUGAUCAUAUAUAAAUUUGGUGAGUUUGGACCCUGCAACAUUCUCUAUAGUAAGUGAUGACUUAGAUGAGAGCACAAGCCUCUUUACAUCUGUUCUGGUCACAGCAAAGUAGAAGAGGAUUAUUAUAGAUACCAUCCAUUUUUUCAUGAGGUGUAUCUCUGAAAUGCAAUUCAUGUGGAAAACAUUCAAAUGGUGCUAAGUGGUUGGUAAAUUAUUCUAUCACAUUCCUUUAAAAGACUAGUAACUUUUUUUUUCUUUGUUGCAUCUUAUUUUUAUGGUUUAAAGUGAUAUGAAACCCACAUUUUUUCUUUUGUGAUUCAGAUAGGGCGUGCAAUUUUAAACUAUUUUCUAAUUUACUUCUAUAAUCAAUUUUUCUUCAUUUUCUUAGUAUCUUUUUUUAAAAAAAACAGUGAUGUUUGCAUAGGAGCCGGCCAUAUUCUGGCAACAGUUUUGCAGGAAUGUUAGAUGACAGCACUAUUUCCUGCAAUGUAGUGCUCCAGAUGCCUACCUAGAUAUCUCUUCAACAGAAUAUUAUGGGAACAAAGCAAAUUUGAUAAUAGAAGUCAAUUGGAAUCUUUUUUAAAAAUGGUCUGCUCUGUCUGAAUCACAAAAGAAAAUGUUUGGGUUUCAUAUCCCUUUAUGUUUGUGGUACUUGUCCUUGCUAGCCAAUGAGCAUUUGAUGGUUGAGGAUAAUUUGUGAGUGUUCUUUAGUCUUUGCUGCCCUUUGCUUUUGACCAAUAAUUUGCCAUACUAGAUUUUUUUUUCUUUGUGCAUUAAAUGCAAGAACUUUAUCAUAUAAACUUUUAGCUACUUUUAUUUAGCAUUGUUUUUUUUUUUGUGUUUCUUUUUUAUAUUUGCAAAAAAGGAAUACAAGUUCAUAUCUUCCAUGUAAGUGUUGUGUUUCAAAAGCUCAAAUGAAAUUAAUUAUAACAAAAUACUGAGAAUAAGCUUGAACGUUUUACAAGACUUUACAUUUUAAUAAAGCAUUGGCAACUA